GUCAAUUAGUCAAGCAGUCAAUUAGUCAAGCAGUCAAUUAGUCAAGCAGUCCAGCAGUCAAUCUGUCAAUCCAUCCAUCCAUCCGUCAAAUCCAUCCAUCAAAUCCAUCCAUCCGUCAACCACACACUCAAUCGUGAACAGUGAGAGCAAGUGUACCAUGCGUUACGGUAACCUGGAAGGGGAAUACUAUGACCAUUUAUCGUCCAGGAGAUUCUUUUCCGUGCCUGAGAACCCCCCCGUCCUCCGUGCGAAAGAGUAAUAAACUUCCUUGGGUCCCACGGUCCCUAGUGGAAAGACGGAGAAAAGAAAGAAGAGGGAAAAAAAAAGCAAAAAGGUUGUCUGCUGGAGCUGUCGUAGAAAGCACACCAUCGCCCAACCAACCCAUGAAUUUCUCAUCUCCAACAUUCCACCUACGGCACACAUAACUCCAUCCAUACAUGCAGAACGAAUGAACGAAUGAACGAAUGAACGAAUGAACGAAGGAACUAAUGAACUAAUGAACUAAAAAUUCCCUAGUAAAUACCUAGCAGAAAACUAGCACCUGCUCUCUCUAACCUUAACAUGCAUGCACAUUCGUUAUCCAUCUCCCAUUCAUUAGCAAGAGAGGCACAUUUUGUUCUAAAUAAAUAAAAUAAAAAACACCUACUUAUUAUUAUUGCCUGCCUAUCUAUCGACCGACUUGCUCAUCCUCCUCGACGCUACUGCUGCUCACUCCCUCACGCACUCACGCACUCACGCACUCACGCACUCACUCACCCACCCAUCCACUCGCUCAUCCACUCUCUUGUCCAUUUCAAAACAUCACUUCACUUCAUAUCAUACCAUCCAUAUUGAUUUCUUCCACAAUUGAUGGCCCUUCUGCAUUUUGCUAAUUGAAAGACAUUGCAUUCUGUCUAAUCCAGUCCAUCGCUCUCUUUCAAUCGAUCACUAUUGAAUUUUCUGUUUCAUCUUCACUCUUUUUUUCUUUUUCUUUUUUUCUGCUCCAUCGUGGUCGUUUGGCUCUCUGGCUCUCAGUCUCUCAGUCUCUCGUUAUUGCAACCCGUUUUCUCACAUUUCCUCGCACACGUCUUUGCCAACGAAAACUUGCGUAUUCAGCUCAAUGUUCAUGACUUAUUUUCUUCAGCAUUGAUUCGUGAAUUUUACCUUCCAACACUUCAAUCCUUUGCAGAUCAAACAUACCAACGCCAUCGAGCCUAGUAUCCCCUAUUUGGAUACCUUUUUACAGUCUCUACUACUGAGAAGCGCGAGACCGGCAAUCUCGUCUUCCAAGCAAUAAAUACAAACUACAUGCCUUUAAUUCCGAAGAGUUUUGGGCGACGCAAGUCGACAGCAAAUGCAUUGGAAAAUACCGACCCUCCCGUCGAAUCCUCCUUUAAGGUUUUCGAGCGUCCUCAGGCCGGGGGUCAUAAGUCUGGUCCAUCUUUCGACGGUGGAGUCAAAUUUGCUAGAGCAAGCGGUACAGCCGAUUCGCACAAGGAGGACAACCUUUUCGAGGGCAUGAAAGUUAAUACUGUCAAUCGUGGUAGUGGAGCGUCAAAUACGAACACCGCAUCGACCACAGAUAAUUCUUCACGGUUAAGUGCAGCAUCUACAGCCCCUUCAUCGAUGGAAACACCUGGCCACGAAGACUGGAGAACACCACACGAUAGACACAGCGACGCACCCCUUCCACCACUACCAAAGACGUCGUCCGGAUUUUCUCUGAAGAACGCUGGAAGGACUCUCUCCUGGGGUAGAAACAAAGCCACUCCUUCUCCAUCGAAAGUAUCAGACGAACUACCACCUUCCCCAACUAUUCGCGACGAUAGCGCCUCGAGUCGAACGCGCGCGGUUACUGCAUCCAGCUACGCAAGCACGGCGACACCACCAAAACUCGGAGAGAGAGAUUUGGAUCUGACAAUGGGUGAUGACUUUGGAGACAUGUUUGCUGGAAUGGCGCACCGAAGAAGUGCCCCCUUGGAUUCGCCUGGCGUCAGAGGAUUCACCAAGAGCCCUGAGAUACUCCCACCCGAGCCAGCAUUGAAGUCGUACUCUACUAAUCGUGCUAAUCAACCUUCGCCCCUCAUACUUGACAAACGUAAACCCGUCGAAGAACCACCAUAUUCAUGGGGUUCAAAUGAUGGACUCAUGAAAAACACUAGUCCGCCUGCAGUGGCCACUCGUCAUAUGGGACCUCCUGCUCACCAACCUCCUCCAGUGCCAAGACAUGGACCUUUGCAUCAAACUGAUGGGAACCAAGCCAUCCCAAGACCACGUUCAAGUGCGCCUCGCCCCGACUCCACACUUAAGAGGAGCAGUGCUCUUUCCAUGCGCCGCCACUCCACGUUAGAUUUUGAUGGUGUCGACGAGGACGCUGCACUCUUGCGCGAGUCUGUCAAUGCGAGCAGACAUCUGGGUGAAGCACCAAGCAAUCCUCCAGCCCGAAAGAGCUGGGCACUCCCUUCUCAAGCAGCUUACAAUGCCAAGGCGACUGCAAAGACUCAACUCCUCGAGCCAGAGGAAGAUGAAGAUCUUUUUGAAUCCGCCGAUCUAGCUCAGCAAUUCCAGGAGAGGUCAGAAUCUCCCCCUCCUACAAAGCAAGCUCCAGGGAACAAGGUUAUGACACCGGCCCAAUUCGAACGAUAUAGACAAGAUCAAGAGCGUUUGAGAAGCGUGGGGGGGCGUCCGAAAGAUGAAGAAGCCGAGGAGGAAGAAGAAGAGACUUAUGAGGACGAUGAGGACGAAGCCGAGAAGAGCAAGAAUGCUGCCAAGCAACGACGAAAGCAGGAGGCUCACAUGUCAGUAUACAGACAACAAAUGAUGAAGGUUACCGGAGACUCGACACCUUCGCCAGGCCCAUCCCGACCUUCAAUGUAUAGCAGCCACAGUACUCCCAACUUAGUACUCGACGGUGCGACGGAGGAUGGAGAGGAGGAGGAUGAAGAAGUUCCUUUGGCCAUCCUUGCUGCUCAUGGAUUCCCAAACAAGAACAAGCCACCUACAACCAGACUUACUAGCAUGGGAUCAAACCCUAAUCUUAGAGGUGCUGCUCAAGGUGUUCCAGGUGUUGGAGGACCUUUGCCUGUGUUUGCUCGCAACUUGCCUCAAGAUCCCUAUGUUGGUGCAGGCCUCGUUUAUCCAGCAAAUAGAGAGUCACUAGCAUUUGGAAAUGGUGGUCCAGGGUCUGUCAACGGCACUCCAAACAGAGGUGCCCCUCCAGGAGGUCUCGUAGGUGUCAUUGCCACGGAAGAACGCUCUCGAGCCGCGCGAAGAGGAAGCCCAAAUCCUGGAUAUGGACAGAUGCCUCCUGGCGGUUUCUCUGGUAUGGCUCCUCCACCAAUGAUGGGACAGAUGCCCAUGGGAGCGGGUGCAUUAGGUAUGGGCCAGAUGGGACCUAUGGGAGGAAUGCCCCAGCCAAUGCUCACUCCUGGUGAUCAAGCUCAGAUCCGGAUGACGGAACAAAUGCAAUCAUUUAUGCAGAUGCAGAUGCAAUUUAUGCAAAUGAUGGCAACAAACCAAGGUGGGCAAGGUGCUCCACCUCCCAGUGGUGCACCACAGCUUGGUCCACUGGGUCAAUUGGGACCAAUUGGUCACAUGUCUCAGCCAAAUUUUGGUGAGAUGCAACGGCCUUCAAGUCAGCAGUUACCUACUAGUAACUCGGGCCCAAAUUUGCGACCAGGAAGCGCACAACGUACUAUGAGUAUGCUUGAGCCUGGCGGUAUGCCUUGGUUGCAGCAACAAAACGGACAAGGAUUCGGACCGUCGGCACAUGCUCAAGGCAACGGUUAUGCUCCAUCAAUCGCGCCAUCCGAACGAAGCAAUGUUGGAUUGCCUGGUCGAUAUAGACCAGUCUCACAGAUUCCUGUUACCGAUCCCAAAGCAAGAACCACGACCAUGUCUGGUGCAAUCGGCGGCGGUUGGGACAGCAAGCAUGUCUCAACAAUCAAGACUGUUCAGAGGGUAGAUAAUGACGAUGAAGAUGAUGAGGAAGGUUGGGCGGAAAUGAAAAAGAAAAGAGAGCAGAAGAAGUCUAUUUGGAAAUCAAAAAAGGAUACUAGUGGUCUCUCGGAAAUGCUUGGUUACACGCAAUAAUAAUUUCAUGGGUGGAUAACUCGCUAUAUUAAAUGCUUCUGUAUAUGCAUUGGAAGGGGAUAGCUUUGUGAUAUAUAGCAUGAAAACUUCGGCGUUGUAAGACUUGGGGCAUUGAACUGGAAAUCAUACCUAUGGCA